AUGUCUUCGAUGUACAUUCUGUUUGGAAUCGCAAUGUUAUCUUUGAUACAUCUAGUGAUCGCCGAGAAUUUGACAGAUUGGAACACUGGCGACGGUGGAUUCAAAUGGCGGACCGACUGUUACUUUCACCGCAACGAUAUUGGAAUAAUUCCCCUUACGGAUGCUCAAGGAAAAGAGUGUGGUCGACUGUGUAUUGCUAACCCGCAAUGUAGCCAUUUUUCGUUUGGUUAUGAACAGAAUUGUUACAUGCAGAAGGCGCCAUUGACGAAACCUCGUCAAGAUAAUUAUAAGAUCCCAACCAUUUGUGGCAUCAUUCCCUGGAGGUUUGGAUCUGAACCAGCGAAAGAUGACUGGAAAAAUGACAACAGCAGUGGUGCUCAAAACUGCGGUUUUUAUGGAAACAACAGUUUGAUUUUGACGACAGAGUGCCGACAGGCCAAAGAUUGUUCCUAUUGGUACGAACAAGUUCGUCCCACUAAUGGAUCAACAUCCUGUAAAUUAGUGGAUGGAAGUUCAGGAUCGUGUUGCCCGGAGAUCCCCAAGCCCACCGAGAUCUCUAAAGAAACCCAAUAUAUUAGAAUGAUUCCUGGUGGGGGUGAACGAAUAAUCGACGCGGGAACAACUCUCACGUUGACGUGCGUCUACGCCUUUGAAAACGAAAAUCAAAGGAACACGUUCAAUUUUUCGUGGAAAAUUCCAGAUUAUUUAACUAAUCAUGCGGAAUUGAGCGACUUGGACAACCGCCUUCUCAAAACGUUUGGAAGGAAUGAGACCCACAUGACAUCGACGUUGUCUCUGGUCAACGCAAGAGCCAGAGACACUGGAAACUUUGGUUGUAGGGGUAUCCCUUACGGCUUUGCAAACACAUUUACAGUCAACCAAUACGUCUAUGUUUUCAAUGAUACGGAACUUGUAAUAAUCGAGGGUAAUGAAUAUUACAUCAUCAUCCCACACGGUGAAACUAAUUACCCGUUCAAAUGCAAACCAACUCAUCCGGAUGUGAACGUUUCUCUUAUACACGGACAUCAAUACACAGUAAGAGGACAAAAUUGUCUGGAACCAAAAAGCGAUUUGCUGUCAGAUCCCAAUUCAAAUUGGUCUUUCGAAAAAAGAAAUGGACUAAAACUCAAGAAAGCGAAGAUUGACGACAAUGGCAUUUUUAAUUGCAUAGGGACCUAUAAAAAUAAGAAACAUACACGCGAUUUAUUUUUAUUUAUCGCUGGAAUGGAACUCGCAAAAAUUGAUGGCGCAAAUGAUCCUUUUGAAGGAAGUAACGUUACUUUAAGCUGCCGAACUUACCAAUAUGCCGCGUCCUCUACUCCACCAAAAUGGUCCUACCAAAUCAACGGAAAUGGACAAAUGCAAAUAAUUGAGGAAAUGAAUCCAUCUGAAGGCAUUAAAAUAUCAAGAGAGAAAUUUGACUAUGAUGGUAAUAAGGCACUUUACGAAAAUAAACUUUACAUUUUCGACAUAAGUUCAGAUGCCUAUGCCUUUCAAUGCCAAGGAAGUAAAUUCACUGAAAAUAUUUCAUUUCGCGUUAAAGAAUUAAAUGGCGACUCUAAGCUUAGAUCUGUUCAACUUGAGAAGGAUAUCGCUCAAGACUUAACUUGCUUUCAAGGAUCUCAGAAUACUCGCAUCACAUGGUUUAAGGAUGGGAAAGAAUAUUCAGGACCAGUCUACUCCGAUAGUACCUCUUCAAUCUUACCGUUGCAAGGAAAGAUGGGUGAAAAUGGAAGUUACGCUUGUCAGUGGAAAGUCAGCUUUCCAGGUGAUGUGAAAUACAGAAAUUUCACGGUCUCUUACCUUGACAGAAUCCCAGAAAAUGUCGAGACCGUCGUCAUCGCCGUUUCUACAACAUUUGCCGUUUUACUUUUGGUACUAAUUGUCAUCGUUGGAGUUAAAUUUUAUUACGACAAGAACCAACGAGUUUCACAGGAAGCGUUAAUGAGAUUGCUGAAUGGAAAUGCCAAUCAAAUUAAUAACCAGUCACCAAUUGAAGACCAGGUAGAGUUCCUACCCUAUGAUAGACGCUGGGAAUUUCCAAGAAGUCGACUGAAACUCGGAGUCCAGCUGGGAGUUGGCUGCUUUGGUCGUGUAGUCAAAGCGGAAGCAGUGGGACUCAAAGACUCUGAAGAAACUGUCAAAACAGUGGCCGUCAAAAUGGUUCGGUCGGAAGCCAACGUCACUGCAAUGGAAGCACUUAUCAGUGAACUGAAAAUCCUCGUCUAUUUGGGAUCGCACCUCAACGUCGUCAAUCUGCUGGGAGCCUGCACUAAGCAAAUGCACAAAGGAGAACUUUUAGUGAUCGUUGAAUAUUGUCGGUUCGGGAAUUUGCAAUCGUUUUUGAUAAACCACAGGAAGAACUUUGUUAAUUUGGUGGACGAAUUUGGGAACCUGAAAACGCAAGACGAAUUAGAAAGCCAUUUCACCAGGUCAAAAUGGGAAGAAAACUCAUCGCAAGUCAAGACGAGCGAUUCGCAAGCUGACGAUCAUCCUGGCGUGAAUUCAUCCUCUGAAUUUUUAGACGUCUCAAUUUCCAACCUACAAGAUCUGGACGGAAACUUAGAUCGGCCGAUUUCAACAACAGAUCUCAUUUCUUGGUCUUUUCAAAUAGCUCGAGGAAUGGACUACCUGGUUAGCAAAAAGGUCCUCCAUGGUGAUCUGGCCGCCCGAAAUAUUCUGCUCGCUGACCAUGGAAUAGCAAAAGUGGCCGACUUUGGAAUGGCGAAGAAAAUGUAUUACGAUGAAAAUUACGAAAAAGGCGGACAAGGUUUGAUGCCGGUGAAGUGGAUGGCGAUUGAAUCCUUGAUUGAUCACAUCUUUUCCAGUCAAUCCGACGUUUGGUCGUACGGAGUUGUCCUCUGGGAAAUAUUUUCUUUUGGCCGAGUUCCAUAUCCAGGUAUGGACGUCGGUCACAUACUCAUGAAAGAAAUUCAAAAAGGAUAUCGGAUGGACAAACCGGAACUGGCGCCCAACUUCUUCAGUGAAAUGAUGGCCGAUUGCUGGAAAUCGGAUCCCAAGGAGAGGCCCACCUUCAGUCAAAUGGAAGAAAUUAUCUGCAGCCACAUGGAGUCGUCGGUCAGCUCGGACUAUUUGAAUAUGAACGCGCCAUAUGCCAAGCUCAACGAAGAAAAGGAGAACGCAACGCCAAAGGAUCAAUUUGGAUUGGCCAAGUUGUUGAGAGAAAAGUCUGGAACUCAAUCGAAAAAAUACGCCACGCCACUAAAUUCAAUGUUUCCUAUGCGAUCUUCCAAAAAAGUUGCGGAUUCUGAUCUUUAGCCGGACAAUGCGCCGCACUGAGUUACAAGUUUUCUUAUGCGCUGAAGCGGAAUAAUAAUUGUAAUAGUUGUAAUAGUAAUAAUAAUUGAAUCUACGAAAAUUACUUUUUCUGUUCAGAAACAUAUACGAGGGCUGGUGAUUAGAUGGCGAUUUGAAAAUAACAUUAAAACUCGUUUUAAUUUGA